CAUAACAACAGCAACAGGGACAGCAGUAAUGCCAACAGUAACAGCCACAACAGCAACAGUGACAGUAGCAACAAGAACAAUAGCAGCAGCAAUAGUGACAACAGCAACAAGAAGAGUAACAGCAACAGCAACAGUAAUAGCAGCAGCAAGAGCAGUAACUACAGUAACAGCGACAGUUACAGCGACAGCAACAACAGCAGCAGUGAGAGCAGCAAUAGAAACAGUGACAGCAGCAACAAGAACAGAAACUGCAUCACCAGUGACAAAAGCAACAGGAACAGUAACUGUAGCAGCAACAGAAACAGCAGCAGUAAAAACAGUAACAGCAGCAAUAGCAACAGUAGCAGUACCAAGAGUACCUGCAGCAACAACAGUAAGUUCUGCAACAACAGCAGCAGCAGUAAGAGCAACAGUAAGAGCAGCAAUAGCAACAGUAAGAGCAGCAGCAAUGACAGAAUCAAUAGCAACAAUGGCAGCAGUAACAGUGAUAGCAUCAACAGAAACAGUAACAUCAACAGUAACAGAAGUAACUGCAAUAGUUCCAGCAGCAGCAAGAAUAAUAACAGCAGCAACAAUGAUGGCAGCAACAAGAGCAGUGACAGCAGCAGCAGCAACAGUGAGAGUAGCAACAGCAACUACAGUAGAAACAGCAGCAGCAGCAAGAACAGUAAUGGCAUUACCAGUAACAGCAGCAACAGUGACAGCAGCAACAGCAGAAAUAGCAGCAGCAGUGUCAGCAACAGUACCAGCAUCAACAACAGCAACAGUGUCAACAGCAGUAACAACAACCACAACAUUGAAAGAAGUACCAACGUCAACAGUGGCAAUAAUACCAGCAUUGAGAGCAGCAGUGUCAGCAACAGCAUAGACAACAGCAGUAACCACAACAGCAGUAACACCAACAACUGCAUUGAUAGCAGUGCCAACACUGAUGGUAACAGCAGCAGCAAUAGUAAAAACAAUAGCAGGAGGAGUUGCAAAAAUGGCAAAGACAGCAUCUGCAGCAUCAUCAUCAACAGCAGCAGCAAUGAUAGUAGUGAUAACAACAGGGACAGCAGCAGCACCAUCAAUAGUAGCACCAGUGGCAGUGUCACCAGAGAAAGCAACGAUCACAGCCCUAAGGACAGUAGCAACAGCAACAAUAAGAGCAACAGAACUGAUGGUAGCAUGAAGAACACUAGGAGCAGCACUGACAACAAUAACAGUACCAGUGACCACAGGAAUGACCACAGCAAAAGAAGCAAGGAUGGCAACAACAGCGCUACAAAAGAUGACAGCCACAGCAACAAUAAUAGCAGCAACAUUAAGAACACCAUAAACAAUAGCCACUGCAUAAAAUGUCACAGCAGCUUCAGCAACAGUAGAAGCAACAUUAACGUGAGUGACAGCAGCAACAAUAGCAGCAUAAAGAGCAGCUAUAACAACAAAAAGGAAAAUAAUAGCAACAAACACAUUAAUGUCAACUGUAACUGCAACAACAGUAACAGCAGCAACAAGAAUAAUUACUACAGUAACAGUAACAACAGUAACAGCAGCAGUAAGAGCAGCAACAGAACCAGUAACAGCAGCAGCAAUAAAAAUAAUAACUGCAGCAACAGUAACAGUGACAGCAGCAACAGCAACAGUGAUAGCAGCAGCAAAAACAGCAACUGCAGCAACAGUAACAGUGACAGCAGCAGCAAGACGAGUAACUGCAGUAAUAGUGACAGUUACUGUGACAGUGACAACAGCAACAGUGACAGCAGCAGCAAGAACAGAAACAGCAGCAACAGCAACAGAAUCAACAGCAACGAUGACAUUAGCCAUAACAACAGCAACAGGGACAGCA